AUGAAGAUCAACUUCCGACUGCCUUUUGUGCUCGUGGCUCCUCUGUGGGGCUCAGACGCAAGCUCGUUGGCUCUGGUCCUCUCUGCUCUUAAUGGCUCUGGCUUGUUUCAGCUCUGGCUCUCAUUGGCAAGAAACACUUAG